UGGCCUCGGCCGUCGGUCCGGCAAGAUGCCUUUCGGGUUGCGGGGAAAGGACAAACGCUCGUCCAAGGAGACCGCCCGGCUGGUGGACGGCGAGGAGGGGCCGGGGGGCGCGGAAGGCGGCCCCAAGGAGCCCGCGCGGCGGCUGGAGUUCCACGCGCAGCUGGCGCACGGCAGCCCCACGGCCCGCUUGCAGGGCUUCUCGAGCAACCAGGAGCUGUACGAGCAGAUCGCCGGCGCCUUCUCCCUCUCACCGGCCGAGAUCUUAUACUGUACUUUAAACACACCUAAAGUUGAUAUGGAAAAACUCUUAGGAUCACAAUUAGGUCUUGAUGACUUCAUAUUUGCCCAUGUUAAAGGGCUUAAAAAAGAAGUGAAUGUAUAUAAAUCUGAAGAUUCACUUGGUCUUACCAUCACGGAUAAUGGUACUGGCAGUGCUUUUAUAAAGAGAAUUAAAGAGGGUGGUCUCAUUGAUUCAGUUAAAACAAUCUGUGUGGGGGAUCACAUUGAGUCCAUAAAUGGAGAAAGUACUGUUGGAUUGCGUCAUUAUGAUGUUGCUAAGAAGUUAAAGCAAUUAAAAAAAGAAGAAAUCUUCAACCUGAAGUUAAUAGAACCUCGGAAGGCAUUUGAAAUAGGACCCAGGUCAAAGACUGUGAAGGCAUCAGCAGAGAUAAUUGGCACUGGAAGGGGCACUCUUCGCCUGAGAUCUAAAGGUCCGGCCACCUUGGAGGAAGUGCCAUCUGAAGUCACAGCAAAAGCAAUUGAGAAGGUUGAUGAUCUUCUUGAAUUAUACAUGGGAAUUCGAGAUUUUGAAUUAGCUACCACAAUGUUUGAAGCUGGAAAUGGUAAAGGUAAUUCAGAGGAAUUUUCAGUGGAAAUCAACAAAACUCUUGGAGAGUUUGCAUUUCCUGAAGAAUUUGUCUUUGAUGUUUGGGGAGCCAUCAGCGAUGCCAAACAAGGACGGUUAUGAUGUGGAUGUACCAUCUCUGGAGAAAUGAACCAUUGUUCCCUGAAAAAGCUAAGCAUCAUAAAAUCUGCUUUUAGACACUC